AUGCACCCCUCAGAGCUUCACCCAGCACAUACCCAGCUACAGCUACAGCUGCAAACCACCCUGGCACCACCGACUCCUCUGGCUGUCUUACCAGGGACAGAUGCACUCACCCUCACCACCGUCCCCAGCACCACCACCACCGUCCCGAGCACCACAAGUACCACAAAAUUAACCAGUGAAGCGCACGAAAGCGACGAGGACGAAAGCGGAUCGACAACCCCAAGACCGUCGACUAUCUCGUUCACUAGUACUAGUACUACUGGUACCUCAGGGUCAGGACAGAGUACCCCCAUGCCGAGGAGGGGUCGUCUCGUGGGCGGGGGUGUUCUGGCUUCGUUGAGGGCGUUCUCGUCGCCUUUGUUGAUGCCGUUGAGGGGCGAUGUUUCUUCUUCGCCUGGGUCUGGGGGCGGGAGUGAGAGAGGGAGUGGAAGUGGGAAUGGAAGUGGAAGGAGGGUGCGGGGUGCUGAGAGGCCGGGGGUUAGGAGGGCGAGGACGUCGCUUUGGGGGAGGUAG